UUAGUAAAUUCCUAUACGAAUACAUGAACUUUAUGAGUUUCUUUUUUUCAAACGCUUGAGAAAGAACUGGAUGCGCAGCUUCAAGAAGCCGAAACGGCGUUGAAAGGCUUUAGGACCUAGAAUCCCCCUUCUUGCCAGAGAGGGCGGAUGCUCCCUGGAGGUGGAUAGCACACAGUCUGACAUUCGAGAGGAGUAGGAAGAGUUGCUGGCAGCAGCAAGAGCAAUGCGAGAUCAAGGGUAUAGCUGAGGCAGACAGAUAAGUGAACACGGGUUAAAUAAAAAUACAACAAAAACAUAUUCUAUUACGUGCGCUUUAAAUCUGUCUGCUGGAAGACGUUGCAUGAACAUGUCAGUCCUGGCUUUGCAAGAAUAUGAAUUUGAAAGACAGUUCAACGAAAACGAAGCCAUCCAAUGGAUGCAGGAAAACUGGAAGAAAUCCUUUUUAUUCUCAGCUCUGUAUGCUGCAUUUAUAUUUGGUGGCCGCCAUCUGAUGAAACAGAGGGAAAAGUUUGAACUGCGAAAACCUCUAGUACUUUGGUCACUGAGCCUUGCUGUCUUUAGUAUUUUUGGUGCUGUCCGAACUGGAGGAUACAUGGUAUAUAUUCUGAUGGCCAAAGGGCUAAAACAGUCUGUGUGUGAUCAGAGUUUCUACAAUGGACCAGUCAGCAAAUUUUGGGCUUAUGCUUUUGUCCUCAGUAAAGCACCUGAACUUGGGGACACAAUCUUCAUCAUCCUGAGGAAACAGAAGCUCAUCUUCCUCCACUGGUACCACCACAUCACUGUACUCCUCUACUCCUGGUACUCUUACAAGGACAUGGUGGCUGGAGGAGGCUGGUUCAUGACCAUGAACUACUUGGUGCAUGCUGUCAUGUACUCUUACUAUGCCCUGCGAGCAGCCGGUUUUCGGGUCUCUCGCAAGUUUGCCAUGUUCAUCACCCUGACGCAGAUCACACAGAUGGUGGUGGGCUGCGUGGUAAACUACCUGGUCUUUUCUUGGAUGCAACAAGGCCAGUGCCCAUCCCAUGUGCAGAACAUUGUCUGGUCCUCACUCAUGUACCUCAGCUACUUUGUGCUGUUCUGCCAAUUCUUCUUUGAAGCCUACAUCCACAAGAGUAAGAAAGACAUGAGCAAGUCUGCAUGAGGAGGGAGCAAGAACACCUCCAGCAGUAGCUCAGGGUACGGUACCAAUGAUGGCAACAAGAGAAGAAGGCUUUUUUUGUUAGCAGUGGCUCUUGUAGCAAUUGGUCCAGCGAGCUGUAUCUGGCGCAGUUUAUGUUUCCUCAUGUGCCAACAGCAAGUUUGUCAACACCCAGUGUGUGAGCCUUUUCCCAAAGGAGGUCAGAGACUCGCUGUGUCAGUAUAAAAACAGAACAAAAAAAGAAGAUUAACUGCCACACCCAAUAUUCAGGCUCUGCAUUAAAUUAUUUUAUGCCAACAACAGAAAAUGACAGGUGAUAUAGUUACUAGCACUUGAUGGAAGCUGAUGUUUUUUUUUUAUUUAAUGGUUCCAUUAAGAUUACAUACUUUAUUUCAAGUUGCGAUUUUGAUGUUAAGAUAUCUAAUAUUGCACCAAAAACAAAAGUAAAAAUCUAAAUGAUUAUACAGUACCAAGAUAGUUUUUUUUAUGAUUAUACUCUCUCCAAAAUGGGACAAUUGAGUUCUAAGCUUUAAAUGAAUAACAAUUGUAUUCAAAGCACAUUAUGGGGUUAUUUCAGUUUCAACAUACCAACAAUGAAUUAAAUUAAUGUUCUAAAGUAUAUUUUAGGCGUUUGAGCUGACGUUUUAGUUCCAUCAUUCUAACUUGGUAGUAUGUUAUAAUGCCUGCUUCUGAAAUUUGUUUGGUAAAUUUUACCAUCAUUAUUUUGUUGCCCACCCAGGUAUGAAGUGCACUGAACCAGAUAUAAAUUAAUAUGAAUUGAGGAGUGUAAAAUAAUUACAGUGUAUUUGUGUUCGUGUAUUGCAGAUUCAGCGCUACAGUAUGUGAGAAGCAUGAAAGAAACUGAUAAACCAGCCAAGAGAAGAAAGGAAAUUUUAGAUUACACUCAUGAUUUUACUGUUAAUUAUUAGAACACCCUAAUAACACACAGAUAAAUCAAUGUAUCAUCUUCGCCAGUCAAGUCAUUUUAGGUUCUAUAAAAAUAUGAAAAUAAAUAGCUAUCAUGUCACAUGAAUCUAGUCUACAGUAUGUAUUCAUCCUAGAGCAAAUUAGUCUAUCUAGUACACAUCAUGAGAUAGUUGAGGUGAUUUUAACUUGUUCAUUGCAUUUUUCUAGUCUCAUUCUUAAUAUUGUUGUACAGUUUGUUAAAGAAGCCUUUUAAUAUAAGGUUGAUUGUAUAAGCAACCUUGAUAAAUGCUGACUCUGCUCAGCAUUUUCAAAUACUUUUUAUCUCUCGACUGAUUUUCUAUACAACAGUGUCCCAGUACAAUUAUAAAAUAUGCCUUCUGACUUCUAAUAUUUUUAAAAAGUAUUCAAAUAGCAUUAAAUGUAUGCUUACCAGUGCUCAGCUGUUUAUAAAACUCCAGUAUUGUAUGAUAAUUCAUAUAUUUAGUUCUCAGGAAUUGAGAAUUCAUUGAGAAUCUGCUCACUGUUACUGAAUAGCUCUUCGCUUAUCUACUAGCCCUGGUCUCACAUAGGAAGUCUGACAGUUCAUAAAGUGGUUCCAAAAUUGAAACCAGACAUUUUACCCAGAGAUCAGCUCAGAGACUAAUUCUUUGACCUUUCUUCAUUGCUUCAAUUGUGUGCGGUUGACUUUGGAUGUCUAGUGUUCUUUGUUUUCAACCAAUGUAAAAAUCAACUGAGACAAACAUAAAAUAUUGCAGGCAUCUUAAUAUUAUUGUAAGUGACUGCAAACCUUUGAUUUAGGUGUGCCAUUGUUACAUUAUAAAAUGUAAAUCUAUAAUAUAGAAUUAUAAAAAUACAUUAAAAUCAAUAUCAGACUAGCAUUCGAAUUUGUCCUGAAAAUGUUUGCAUUGUUGAAAGGUUUAUGGCACCUUAUUCCUAAACAUAAGUUGUUACUUGUACUAUUGUAAUGUUUCAUGGCACAAUAGUUUCAGUUUACUGUAUACUGUACAUCCAAAGCAGGCCCAAUACAGAGAGUUUUUAUUAAUAAAUCAAUCAAUUUGCAUGAGUACUUAUUUCUUUUUAAUUAGCUCUUCACUUUAACACUUUGGCAUCUCUGGUAUGUUGAAAUUGAACAUUAGAAUAAAACUCCAAUGUUUGUUUUACAUAUACUUUGUACUUCUGAAACAUAGGCUGGUUUUCAGCACAAGUUGCACCAGAAGAAGAUACACAUCCAUUUGCAUAAAACGAAUUGGACAGUCCUAGAGAUGACAAAAUGAAAAUGAAAAAAGAUACAUAUAGACAAGACUAAAACGCAUAGACAGACAUCUCUCCUGUCAUCUUUAGAUUAACUGCUGAAGAACCUGAUUAAUUUGAACCUGGAGCCAAAAACAAAACAAAUCCAAGGGAUAUCCAGUGAACAUUUAUAGAUACAAUAGUAGUCCAAAAAUGUUCGUGUUAAAAAUAUAUUUCUAGCAGUUACUCAUACUCUGAGGAUGAAAGAUACUGAAAAAUAUCGGGUUAAAACAUUUCUGAGAGCUGAUAUACUGUACUGUAUAUAUUUUUUUUUCUUCAAAUAGUAGCUACAGUAGAACUGGAAAAGCAGUUAAUCUUCACUAUUUUCAGUACUGUACUGUGCACUGAACAGAUAUCCAGUCUCAAUAUGUCAAACUAGAGAACAGACACUAGUUGUGGUAGCACAAAGAAGUCUUUAUCAAAGAACCACAAUAUUUUAGCACAGUUUGCAACUCUUCAAGUGGGAUUUAUAAAUGUUUGACCUCUCACUCAGACAUUCAUUUGCCAGACUUGUUUCUUCUAUAAAUAUUCCGCUGGAGUUUAUCAAAAUAUUUUGCUUUAAAAAGAGGACUACUUAUGGAAAGAUGAUAAAUGACUGCUUACUGCCCUCAAAGGUUAAAUGCUAAUUUAAAUGAACAAAAAUGCUUCUGAAGAUAUUGUUUGAAGAGCUGCUAUUAUGCUCCCCUUGUUACUUUACAAACUCAUUGGAGAACAGCUUUAAAUUUCUUGUGUAAAAAAAAAAUCAGGUCCUUUAUAGAAGCAGCACUUUAUAGUGUUCAGAGUUCAAAGCCAUUACCCUUUGUUGGUUUCUUAAUAGAUUUACAUUCCUCUAUAAAGCUAAAUAAAAUAACUGGCAUUGUAGAACACUGGGAAUUAUUUCAAAUAAGUCAUAGUUUUACAGUUUCUUGUUUUUUUCAUAUUUAUAAAUGUAUCAGUGUUUCACACAUAUUCACUGCUACUGCACUGAAAGUUACAGUACUUGAUAAAUGUGACUACAGACAAAAAAUCGUAUUUAUUAUUGCGGUAGUCAAAAAUAAAAGGCUUUCUUAUAUUUUUAUGUUUUAUCUAUUUUUUUAAACUCAAAGUAGCCAAUAGUCUAAAUAGAGACUACAGUAUUUUAAACAGCGGUACUUAGCUUUAAGACUAGCUGCCAAGGAUAAUGGAGAAAGACUUUGCCCUGGGAUUAAAUGCAUAACUGUGAAGAGAGGGAUGUUAUUAACAUAUCAUCUACUGAUUCCAGGUUAAUAUUAAUUUACUGUAAUCAUUAUUGAUCUGUCAUUUAUUAUUUCAGCAUUGAAUUAGCAUAUGUUUAUAUACAGUAUAGGUAUUGUGCAACAUUUUUAAUCCACUGCUUUACUGCAUUAUACUGGAACAGAAGGCAGUGGUUGCAGUUUUGUUGUGCUUUGAUAUUUUUGUUAAUGAUGUUCUGUGUUUAAAUGUUUCUUUUAUUGCUAAUAGUUCUCUGUGAUAUACAACAGCUUCAAUCUGGCAGAGCUUUUCUUAUCAAUACCCAGGUUCGAUCUUACUGUUUGAUUUUGGGGAUUUUGAUACAAUGCGCCUCAUUGUCUUUAUCUAAUUGAUUCUUUUGUUAAGUUAAAGGUCCUUCAGACUCCAGUUAUAAUGCUGUGGAGUACAACAGGGUCCAGAUUUAAUAUUCCUGGAUCCUUCUUAAAAAUGCUCCCAUACAAAUUUGACCACAAAUGGAAGAAGAUUAUAAAGAUUACAUUUAUUUUACAAUGAUUUUUAAAAAAGAAUCACUUAAACUACAUUAGGUAAACUGGCAUGGACAGUUAGAAGCUUUUAUAUGCUGAGGCAAAAUGCAGAUAACAUUAUAUGCUAAUACAUUUCAGUAUUUAUAGAAUUCCAGAGAUUAGACCCAAGAUAAAACGCAAAGAAAUAGAGUAGUUAUUUGAAGAUACUAUCAUCUACAAAUGUAAUGACUUAAUAUAAAUGUUAAUUUAAAAAUUCCAUAUCGUUGUCUAUUGUUCUUUGGGAUUCUUUCCAGAUAAUGUCUACUACUAGGCUUAUUCAUACAGAUGCUUACUGUGCUUUAAACUUUAGUGCAUAAGGUAAUGACUCAUGGAAAUACAUAAUAAUAAACCUUUAAGAAGUGUCUUACUGUAUUUGAACAUAUCUAUUAAGAACAGAGGGGGUUAUGUUCCUGAAAGAUAUUGUUUACAUGUGUGUUGGGUUGUUUGUUCUUUGUCAGUCACCGUAUAGACAUAUGACUAAAUAAGAAUUUGUUUGUUGUGUGUAUAGAAGUAGAAAAACAUUACAAGCGUUAUAUCAGAUCAUAAUUAGGGAUCUAAAUAAAGCUAACACACAGUAGCAAAGAAAUAUAACUCUGACUAUGAAGUCCUGCUAUUUGUUAACCAUUUAGCCUGUUUUUAUUUAUUGUACUUUGUUCUGCAUCAAUACCUAAACUCCUGUUGUUAAUUAAAAUGGAUUGACUACCCUGAAGUGAUAUUUGAUGGAACAAGUAAGUCUUCCACUUCCUUUGCAGAUGUGUCCAGUGAUUCAUGCUCUUGCAUAAAAUAAAUUAAUAUUUUCUCUGAA